CAAAAUGGCGGCGCCCAUGCCAGCAGGCCGGUAGGGCAGGGGAGAUGCUGCUGCUGGGGCUCCGCGGGGCGCUGGGCUGGGCCCGGAGCUGCCGCCUGCCAGGCCCCGGCUGGAGCAGGGGGGUCAGCGGGGCCCUCCGCCUGCAGGAGGCGGGAGACGGGCGCUCGGUUUAUAGCCCGCUUGUUCAGACAGCCAGAGGUUAUGCCAGGCCUGUCAAAAAGAGGAAGCAAGUGCUCCCCAGCCAUCUGGAUGACCUUCCUCCUACCAUGCUGAAGAAAGAUUAUGCCAAUGUCCCAAUAAUAGAUAAGGUUGAUGAUGUAGUGAAAAGGCUAUUGUCUCUGGAAAUGGCCAGCCAGAGGGAGAAAGUGAAGAUAAAGACGCAGCAGUUGAUAGAGAAGGUCCGGAGGACUCCCAGUGACACCGGUUCCUUCGAGGUACAAACUGCUAUUUUAACUGCCAAGAUUCAAACUCACCAGGAGCACCUGCGGAUGCACCCCAAGGACAAAAGUAACCGGCGUCGCAUGCUGAUGGCCAUAGAUCACCGGAAGAAACUGCUCAAGUACCUGCGUCGCACCCGCUAUGAGACUUUUGAGCAGACGUGCAAGCAGCUGGGCAUCCAGUACACGUUACCGCCCCCCUAUUGCAGGAGAAUGACCCGGCGAUGGGCCGCUAAGAAGGCUUUCUGCCUCAAGGUUUUCAAGGAGGUACAGAAACUGAAAGCACCCGAGAGGCUAAAGCAGAGACAAGAAUGGCAAGCAAAAGCAAGGGCCGCAAAGGAGCAGACGCUGCAAGAUGAAGGGACCCCGGUAUAGCCGCACCCUGAGCAGAUCUCGCAUGCUGUGCCUGCAUGUGAAAAAUAAUUUGUCCCUCCAAAAUACAAUAAAUGAUUUUAAAGCUA